AUGAAGUCUACAACAAUUGAAGAAGUUGAAAUGUCAGAUUCUUUAAUUAAAAGUAAAAUAUACGAUGAAUCAUCUAUACUUUCAGAGAUUAAAUACAAUAUUCACCUUUUAGAGCAAGCAGUGGAACAAUUUGAACCAUAUUUAAUUUCAAAAGUAUUACGAACAACAUUAUCCUUAAGAAAGCAUUGGAAUGUCGAAAUUUUAAAAAAAAUAAUAAAAAGUGUAUAUUUUCAGAAAGAAAAAACUCUAAACUAUCUUUUAAAUGUUAUAGAGACAGAACCCAAUAAUAUGGAUUUAGUUGAUUUCAAAGAAAAAGAUAAAGACAUAUUGCCUGAAGUAGACAUUUACAUUCAUUUAAUUAUACAAUUCUAUUUAUUAGAUACAAAAGAAUAUGAAAAGGGAGCUAUUUUUUCUCAGCAACUUAUUGAAAAGCUCAAAACGUUUAAUCGUCGAUCAAUGGAUAAAAUUUCAGCAAAAGUUUACUUUUAUUACUCAUAUUUUUUCGAAAUUCAGGGAAAGCUUUCAGAAAUCAGACCAAUUAUUUUAACAACACAAAGAACAGCAACAUUGCGGCAUGAUAAUGAAACUACCUCAAUGACGAUAAUUCUUCUACUGCGCAAUUAUCUUCAUUAUAAUUUAUAUAACCAAGCAGAUCGUUUAGUGUCAAAGAUAACCUUUCCUGAAUCAGCAUCAAAUAACCUUAUUGUACGAUAUUUAUAUUAUUUAGGAAGAAUUAGAGCUAUCCAGCUAGACUAUACCUCAGCACACUCUCAUCUGGUAGGUGCAAUUCGCAAAGCACCUCAAGGAACGACUGCAGCAGGCUUCCUUCAAGCAGCACAUAAGUUAAACAUUAUUGUUGAUUUACUAAUGGGCGGCAUCCCAGAAAGAUCUAUUUUUAGACAGCCUAUGUUAGAAAAGGCCCUCAUUCCAUAUCUACAAAUUGUUCAAGCUGUACGAAAAGGCGAUAUUACGCUUUUUACAGAUGCAUUUAACAAACAUGGAAAUAAAUUUCAUUUAGAUGGAACAUCUAGCCUUAUACUAAGAUUGCAUCAAAAUGUACUUAGAACAGGCAUACGAAUGAUGUCUAUUAGUUACUCACGAAUAUCAUUACGUGAUAUAUGUCUCAAACUCCAUCUCGAUUCUGAAGAAUCUGCUGAAUAUAUGGUUGCAAAAGCUAUUCGUGACGGAGUAAUUGAAGCAAGUUUAGAACAUGAAAAAGGAUACAUGCAAAGCAAAGAAAUCCUCGAUAUUUACUCAACGCAUGAACCACAAAUCGCAUUUCAUGAUCGAAUCUUAUUUUGUUUAAAUCUCCAUGCGUCAAACAUCAAAGCAAUGAGAUUCCCUAUGAAUACUCACAAACUCGAAAUUGAAAAUGCCGAAUUUGCACGCAAACGCAUCGAAAAUCAAAUCGUAGAAGCAGAAGAAGAUUUUCUUGAUUAG